AGAUGAUCCAGAGUUACCACGAGAUCUAUGCAGUGGUGGUGGCUGAGGAGGUGCUGAGAGCCAUCAACGAGAUCCAGCUGGCAUCAAGGCUUGCUACAAACACGAGAAUCGCUCCUGUCUCUUUGAUGAACCGUCUCAAGUGGUGCUGGCAGCAUGGAGCAGGCCGAGAAUAAACUGCUGGAGACCCUGGAAAAGCUGGGAGAAAGGGAGCUGCAGAGAUUCAAGGACAAACUGAGUGAAAUCCAGCCGAAGGAGGGAUACCAACAUCUCCCCUCUGGGAGCCUAAGAAAUGCGGAUCCCCCAGCCCUCGUGGACCUGCUCCUCCUCUUCUAUGGGACGGACUAUGGGGCGGAGGUGGCUGUGGAGGUGCUGAGAGCCAUCGACAAGAAAGCCCUAGCACACAGAAUCAAGACAGUCAUUUAUGCACUGGAAAAUGAGAAAUAUUAUUUCGAGUGCUACCUGUAUCAGCUGCAGCAGCAUCACCUCGCGAGAGGUUUCAAGUAUCUGGAAUGCACACUGAGCGAUGAGCAGUACCAGACAAUCAGAGCUGAGAAAACCAGCCAGGAGAAGAUGCAGAAGCUGUACGAUUUGGUGCCGGGCUGGGACAAACAGCAGAAGGACCAGCUCUACGAGCCACCGAUGGAAACAAACAGAGACCUGGUUGAAGAGCUGGAGGGGGGAUACUUUGUUGACCGGCACCGAGAGAAGCUGAUCCAGAGAGUCCCAGAAGUGGACAGAGUCCUGAAGCUACUUCGGGGGCACACGCUAACCCCUGAGCAAUACCAGAGCAUCAGCGCCGGGAGAUCCAAUGUGGAGAAAAUGCAGAAGCUGUACGAGCUGGUGCCGAGCUGGGGGAGGGAGCGCAAAGACAAACUCCACCGGGUACUGUGGAUAACAAACCGAGCCCUUGUUGAUGAGCUUGAAGCGGAAAAUUUCAUGGAUUGGAGCCGGGAGCAGCAGAUUCAACAUGUCUCCUCUGUUGAUGCCAUCCUAGAUGUGCUUCAUAGGGUCAAGCCGCAACAGGAAAUGCAGAUGCCAGGUGCCGGUACCCCAGCACAGGAGCCGUCCACCAGCACCAGCCCUGGAGCUACACGAUUCAUCAGUGAAGACACUGAAUCCGAUCCCAGUUCUGCCGCAAAGACAGAGGCGGCAGGAGGAAUCAUCUGCAAACAGACUCUUCUGUGCUCCACUGGGUCUGCGGCUGGUGCUGCAGCUGCAGGAGAGACCAGCCCAAGCAAGGAUCCCAGCAUGGACCCCUGGGGACAGGACAAAUGUGACUUGUGUCCCAGAAAGGAGGAUCCUCCAGAAGAAAUACAGCCUGAGACUGUUCGAGGCCCAGAUGGGAAGCAGGAGACAUACAGGGUUCAUUUCCCCAGGGCAGGCUCAUUCCGUUGCUCUGAAACAGAACUGGGUCUCGAGGUGAGGGCAGCCGUGACUGUCCACUAUGGAUAUGACUCCUGGGAUCAGCAUCUGAGCGCAUCUGAGAAGCAGCAAUGGAUGGUAGCCGGCCCUUUGUUCAACAUCCGGGUGGUGGAACCAGCUGAGGCCGGGGCUGUGGCAGCCGUUCACCUCCCACACUUCCUGUGCCUUGCAGGAGCAGAAGUUGAUGUUUCUCAGCUUCAAGUUGCCCAUUUUGUUGACUGUGGGAUGACCCUGGAAAGUCCAACGCGGGUGAGGCCGUUCCAUGCUGUGCUGGAGAACCCCAGCUUCUCUCCAAUUGGACUGCUUUGGAAACAGAUCUAUUCUAUGCUAUUUCCUCCUGUGCACUCCCUGGUGCUGCUUUACCGGUCCAGCAGGGCCGCAGACAUAACCCUCCAUCUCUACCUGAUACCCAGGGAUCUCUCACUAGCACAGGCGAUUGAUGAGAAUGAAAAGAAUUACCAAUCAAUACGAGUUCGCAAGCCUUCUAAAACCAAGCCCCUGCACUUUGGAUCUUGUUAUACUGUGGCUAGUUCAUCAAGCAUAGAGGUCACUCCUGAUGUGCUGGAGUUCUGCAAUACGACAGUUCAUCCGCUGGAUCCAGACAUGGAAAUCUACACUGAAGACUUGAGGGACAAACUGAACCUCUGCCUGAUGGAGCAAAAUGACAGGGGAUUGGUCUGGAAGGCCACUGUGAGACCAGGGGAUGUGACACUUCCUGGUUCCACCCCAACACGGGCAGGAGACAUCCAAGACAAGAUGCCUGAGAGCUUGAGAGAUGCCCUGCAGGAGGCUCUGGAUGAGCUGGGGAGUACAGAUAUCAAGAGAUUCAAGUCUAAAUUGAACCAUAUGGAGCUACCAGAGGGGUACAAGAGAAUCCCCAAUGGGAUGCUGGAGGAGGCCGACACCCUGACCAUGUGUGAGCUGCUGGUGCAGUACUACACGAUGGAUGGGGCUGUUGAGGUGGCCAUUCAAGCCCUGAAGGGAAUCAACCAGAAUGAGCUGGCAGGAAUGCUUGAGAUGGACACCAGGAGAAUUCCAGCUGGCAUUGAUUCAGUGUAGCACCGUUUUUCUGCAGUGGAGUUGGGAUCACCCGUCUGAAGAUGAGCACACGCCUGACAGAACUGAACUCAUUACAGCCGGGGCAGCGAAGUCUCUCCGUUCAUCCGAAGAAACGUUAGCGAGAUUCAGUGCGAGCCUUUCCGUGUACCAGACAGCCAAUUACAGCAGCUUAUCCCUGAAGAAGCAGAAGCCACCUGUCACCACAGCACAGCUCCGAGGGUUGGCCCCGGAGCAGGAGUCUGUUUCCCAGGCAGAAAUCCCUUUAGUGCUGAUCACGGUAUUAGCUGAGUGAGUCACAACCAUUAACUAGUUGGCUCAGCACCCGAUGAUCUAGGGAACUAUUGUCCGCCUGUCACUGCAUGGACUGGUUCCUUGGGGACCGCAAUGUGCCAGCCUUAGGGUGCAACACCCAGGGCCAUAUGGUGGGAGCUUGUGACUGGAAAGCAGCCUGCUGAGAGCAUAAGGGCACCCUGAGCUCCCUCUGGGAGAGUCUGGGGAGGGAGGCUGCUGGGUGGAGGGCAGCUGGUAACUCUCCAGAGCCCAGAAGAGAGACCUGCAAGGAGCUGGGAUGAACCUCAGCUAGCAGGAUGCAAAGGACUUCAACCAGAACACACUGUCUUAGGAAAAAUAUAAAACAGAUUUAUUAGCUACAGAAAGAUAGAUUUUAAGUGAUUUUAAAUAAGAGGCAUAAAAGGUCAGAGAUAGGUCCCAAAGAAAAUAAAAGGUAAGUGCACAGUCUAAAUCUUAAACCUUAUUACGCUAGGCAGUAUUUGGAUCAAGCAGUUUUCUCACCCUACUGGAUUUUACAGUUCUUAAUACAUAGGCUUCCCCUUUUGAGCCUGGGACCGGUCUCCUCAGGUGACGUUGCUGUCUUCUCAGCAGUCUUGUUGCUUCCAGUGUAGGUGGGGAAGGAGGCAGGCCAAGGCAUGAUACCACUGUCCCAUAUUAUAUACCCUUGGACAUGUGCCUGUUAAACACUAGCACAGACACAUCCUGUGGGCUUUGCUGAGUCGCAGAGUUGAGCGAUCCCCCUGGUGUGCUCUUCUGCAACCGAGGGCUUUUCUACACUGUCAAGUUACUGCGCUGAAACUUUCUCACUGGGGGUGUGAAAAAUCACACUCACCCUGAGCACAGCAAGUUUCAGCGUUGUAAAGUGCCAGUUUUGACAGGCUCCCAGGACUGGGAGCGAUGCCCCUUUCAAGGUGUUUUUUUUAAAGCGCUGGGAGAGCACGGAGGUCUGUGCUGCCAUAUCAGUGACAUCCAGGGAAGCCUGCAAGCUGGUCCUGGCUACCAGUUGUCUUUCAGUAAGCAAGGUCUUGAAUUGUGCUCUUUUAUCUUUGGGAAGGUCGGUCAUAAACCCAAAUAGCUUCCCAUAAUUGUCAUAAUCAUACUUUGAGAGGAUGCUGUAAUUAGCGACCCUGAAUUGUAAAGUAGACAAGGUAUUGACCUACCGGCCUAAGAAGUCUAGUCUCUUGUGCUCUUUACCCUUAGGUAUGGCUUUGAAAUGAGGUUGUUUGGAGCUAUGGAUGUUGUAGCCACUGGGGACAAUGGUGGAGACCUGAGUUGGCCUCUAGGUGGUGAAGAGGUUCUGGCAUAGGGGGCUCAAUAUCUUUCCUCUUCACUCAUCUGUGUCCUUGAGUUUCCCCUCUGGUUCCCCGUAUCCCAUAUCCUCCCUGCCUUUCCCUAUGACCUCAGACUCCUGGGACAGAGUUGAGUGGGGGAAUGAGAGCUGGUGGCCACAGAGAUCAACCCAUUUCCUAGAAUCAGGGAACUGAUUGGGACAGGUUAGGUCAUUGAGAGUCUGUGGAUGCAUCAACCCACUUUAAUCACAGAGCGCAAGGAGAGACUCACUUUUAGCAAACACACACACAUGCUCCCCUAUCCAACUUCCUCACUAUUUCAUUGAUUUAUUUAGAUUUAGAUGAGCACUAAUGAAAGAGAGGCCCAUACAGCAUCCUUGGCAUCUCUGCCAAUUUUUUUAAAGAUACACUAAUACACCCAGAUCCCUGAAGCCAACUCUUAUACAGAGCAAUAAUAUAAAUGGCUGAAAUUAAUCAACCACACACACACAAUCCCCAGAGUCUCACACCCAGCCUGACCCAAUGUCUACCUCUUCACAAGCGAGGGAGAAAAGGUAGCUCUUGAAGCAUGCCCUGUGUUAUGUGCAUCUCUCUCUCGCAUGUGCACACACACACACAUUACAAAAACAUACAAUACUCUUGCUGGAAGACUGAAAUGUAGCAUGAUUAUUUCUUAAAAUUUGGAACAAUAACACACAGAAUCAAAACCAGAGAGAGACAAAGCAGACUGCUCCCUCUGGCAGAGGAGUAUAACUCACUGCGCCUUGCUCUAGGCUGGUUCCCUGUAGACAGACUCAGAUAGCAUGAAUAGUAAACCCAUCUAUAGGACUCAUCACCAUGUAAUUUUGACAGGUUUCCAUCACCCUUUUAUGGUUUAUGUUCCACCCUCCAGUCCCGUUUCUGGUCACGUACACGUUUGGUGCCAUCAGCCAUUUUGAAUUUAUUUUGUUGUUGUGGGGCAUUCUCGGGGUGCUUGUGUGCAUGUAUUUUUACAUGUUAGGCUGGGUUUUGAGAAAAAUAUUAAAAGAGAAAAUAAAGAGUUAUUUUGAAAUAAAGAAUAGAAUCGAGAAAAACAAGAGAGCUUGUUUCAGUAAGCA